UUGUCUUCAUUGUAUUCUAAUCUCUCAUUUGUUGUCUUGAUAAUGAAAUGGGUGAUGUGUGUAAUUCAGUAGUGUAACUGGAGCGAUCGCAUUCAAAAAGAUAUUACUAAUUGUCCUGAGCACUUGGCAAGAUUCAUGUUAAGGUUUAGAACACAAAUCCGUAAUCAAACAUGAGUUUUGCGGAAUAUAGAGAUGUUAUUCUAGAUGGUGACAUAGCCAUCGUCUUCCUGGGCCAUGACUCCAUGUUUGCAAUCAAGGUUAAGAGCGGUGGAGCUACUCAGACCAAAUACGGGGCGAUCAAGCAUUCAGCAGAUCUAAUUGGCAAGAAAUAUGGGUCAAAGGUUACAUGCAGCAAGGGAGGCUGGGUGUAUAUACUCUAUCCCACUCCAGAAUUGUGGACUGUGACUCUUCCUCACCGGACCCAGAUCCUUUAUUCCACUGAUAUCUCCAUGAUAGUGAUGAUGUUGGAAUUGAAACCAGGAUCCAUUGUUUGCGAAUCAGGUACAGGAAGUGGCUCUUUGUCUCAUGCUAUCAUCAGGACUAUUGCACCAACAGGCCACCUGUAUACGGUGGAAUUUCAUAAACAGCGAGCGGAGAAAGCUGAAGAGGAAUUCCGUGAUCAUAAGGUCGACCACUUGGUCACGGUGAAAAACCAAGAUGUCUGUAAGGAAGGAUUUGGAGUCAGCAACCUUGCGGAUGCUGUGUUUUUGGAUAUUCCAUCUCCUUGGGAGGCUAUUGUAUACGCAAAAUCUGCCCUGAAGAUUGAAGGUGGAAGGAUCUGUUCUUUCUCUCCCUGCAUCGAACAAGUGCAGCGAACCUGCCUUGCUAUGAGUGAGAAUGGCUUUGUAGAUAUCGAUACAUUAGAAAUUCUUCUCCGCGUGUACGACGUCAGGACUAUCAACCUCCAGCUACCUGACCUUGGGGCAGAGGAUAAAAAUAUCCAGGACACACCAGCUGAUGCCAGCAACCAAUCGAAGGCAGAGAGCUGCACUGAUUCACAGCAGAGCACUGCUCAGUUUAAAAGUGGUGCACCUCUGAGAGAGAUGGCGGGCCACACUGGGUACUUGAUUUUUGCGACUAAGUGUUUAUCUUAGGCAUUGAGAUGUGGAACAGCCUUCUAUUCUUGAAAGAAAAACUGUAAUUUGGAAUCAAAUGCCAUGGAUAAUUGCAUCUGUGAAGGUUGCGUAAAUGUGCAGUAUGUCAAGAAUGGUGGCAGGGAACAAAUGCAAAACAUUUUGCUCUGUUUUUGCAGAAAAUACACACUGCUGUGGGAGCAAAAUAAUGGAAUUGUAUAUGGAACCAGCACAAGGGCUGUUAAUGGAAUGAGUUUGUGGGCCUUAAACUACUUAUAAAUUCCAUGUAGGCGUUUUGUGUUGAGAUUUCAUUUCUUUUGUUCAUUUUAAGGCUUUUUGUUUCCAGUUGAUUUUUUUUAUUAAACUAUAUUUACGAAGAAAA